AUGACGACGCGACUAUUCGAAACGCACAUAUUUCCACUGAUCCCUUUGAACGGAAGAUUCGAAACUCUUCGCAUAAUGUCCAGUGUAGACUACGAUGUUGCCGAGAGUAUGGCACGUAAUCUAGCUCUGGCUGGAUCAUCUUGCAAACGAAUUGAUAUUCAACUGACCAACGAAAAGUUUUGUGCGAAGACUUGGAUGCUUUUUCUAGUUGCUUUUCGGUCCAUGAAUCACAGUGUCGUAGACCUAAUUAUUCGUGGCGAUCCGCUUACACAUGUCCAGGCAGUUCCUACUAUGCUGUGGCACUUUCGUAAUCUCGAAAAGCUUACUUUUAUUCCCAGCGGAAUGGAAUGGCGCAAGGAAGAUUGGGAAGCACUCGCUGGUGCCUUGAGGCACCAUUCAACUUUGGAACGACUGCACGUCCUAUUUCCUCGUCGAAGUAUCACAUCACGUCAGUUUGGCUUCGUUGAAUCUUUAUCAUCUGUUUCUAGGUUGAAGCAGCUCCACUUGGUAGGCGGUUGUGGCCAGAGGUCUAAGACAGCAACGAAGGCCGAAACAAUUCCCUCUUCGUCAUCGGGUGGCCAGCGACGCAGGGACAAUGACAUUUCGCUUACAUUGCUUGCAAAUAUCAUUCGGGGGUGUCGUCAUCUGAAAACUGUUUUCUGCCAAAACAUCCGUAUAGUCGGAACCACGAGCGGAGGACGCUCGCUCGCCUUCUCGGAGGCAAUAUGCAACUCUACAUUGAAAGAAUUACGACUGGAGAAUUGCUCCCUGGACGAGAAAACACUGACUGCGAUAGCGACGGCUACCAAGCACAAUCCCUCAAUAGAGAGGCUCUACCUUUCGCACGCUUUGGUGGAGGACAUCUGCUUGAUUGAGUUAGAAGCGCUUCUGGACAACAACCCGACAUGUGUUUCAUUCUUAUCUCUGAAAUUCCUGGUGCAAUGA